UUUUUUUCUUUUCCGUCGACCGCAAUGAAGUUCGGUGCGUUAUCGAGUGUUGGUAAGCCAUCGUCGUGAACAUACAGACGGUCGCGGCCCAUUAUUGAUUAAAAGCAGACAUUUUUAUUUUGUGAUAUUAAUAUCAUGUUCGUGAUUAUAAAUGACAGAAUCAUACUCGUCUCGACUUGAAUCAUAGUGAAUGAUGAAUGAAUUGAUUGCAAUAAUCUAAAACAUAAGAUUGUCCUGUUAGUCAAUUAUUAGCUGACGCUAGCCCUGUACCAGUAUACAGAUUUUUGUGGCCCAUGUCUCCGGAUAAUCAUUCAUUUAACCUGUAAUUAUUAUUAUAUUGUUUGAAAAUGCCGCUGAAUGAUCUACUAUCCACGCUCGGUGACAAUCCGUACUUCGGCGCCGGCUUUGGUCUGUUCGGGCUCGGAUUGGGAGCUGCUGUGUUGCGCAAGGGUGCUUCCGCUGGUUUAGUGUUGUUUCGUCGAAAUUUCAUGAUGACCUUGGAAGUACCGUGCCGUGACAAAAGUUAUCAAUGGGUACUGCUGUGGGUAACGCAAAAGGCAGCCAAGCGUACUCAGCACCUGAGCGUAGAGACAACUUUUGAGCAAAUGGAUACUGGACGGGUGAACACUACAUAUCAUUUCUUACCCAGCAUUGGAGUACAUUUGAUCGAAUAUAAUGGGAAAUAUAUUCAAGUAACAAGAACAAGGGAACAACAAUCAUUAGAUUUGCAUGCUGGUGUUCCAUGGGAAAAUGUUGUACUUACAGCAUUUGGAACAAAUAAGUCGCUAUUCACUAAUAUAUUAGAAGAAGCUCGUCAGAUGGCUUUAAAAACAUUAGAAGGCCGUACAAUAGUAUAUACUGCUUUAGGAUCAGAAUGGCGUCCUUUUGGACAUCCACAAAAACCCAGGCCUCUAACAUCUGUUGUAUUAGAUGAUGGUAUUUCUGAAAGAAUAUUAAAGGAUGUACAAAAAUUUAUUUCCAAACCUUAUUGGUACAUUGAACGUGGGAUACCAUAUAGAAGAGGAUAUUUAUUACACGGUCCACCUGGUUGUGGAAAAACAUCUUUUAUUAAAGCUUUAGCUGGAGAAUUGCAGUAUGGUGUAUGUUUAUUAAAUUUAAGUGAACGUGGGCUUACAGAUGAUAGAUUAAACUAUUUAAUGACUGCUGCUCCUCAAAAUACAAUUAUAUUAUUAGAAGAUGUUGAUGCAGCUUUUGGUGGAAGACAUGAAUCUAAACAAGUUGCUUCUGCUUAUGAUGGACUAAGUCGGGUAACACUAAGUGGCUUAUUAAAUGCUCUUGAUGGAGCUGCUUCAUCUGAAGCUAGAAUAUUAUUUAUGACGACAAAUUACAUUGAAAGACUAGAUGCUGCAUUGAUUAGACCUGGUAGAGUAGAUUCAAAGGAAUAUAUUGGCCAUUGUUCACAGUCACAAAUUGAACGAAUGUAUAAUCGAUUUUUCCUAGAAAAUAGCAACAAUGAAAAAUAUGCUAAAGAGUUUGCAGAAACUGUUUUUAAAACUGGAAAACCUGCAAGUGCAGCUCAAAUACAAGGUUAUUUUAUGUUAUUUGAAGAUUCUUCUCCCAGUGAAUUAAUUAAGAAUUACAAUUUAAUUUGGGAUACAUAAAAAUUGAUAGAUACAAAUUUGUUAUACAACUAAACAAUUAUUGUUACCUAUCUGUUUCUCAAUUCAAUUGUUAUUUAUAAAUGUAUAAUUAAAAAAAAAAACUGAUCGAGAAAGAGUCUGCUAACAAUAAGUAUUUAAUGUUUAAUGUUGUAAUGAUAGUAAAAUAAACAAUAUUUAUUUAUUUAAA